AAUGGGCGUGGCUUUGCCCAAAUUUUAAUUUUGCUGGGAGGGCAAUUGGCAUGAACCAAUCAUAUAUGAUGUCACGCGCUUGUGCGCGUGAGCGGUGAAGUUACUUGACCACAUGACGUCACUAGCAGGGUACACCUCCCCAAGCCGUCUCGCGCUGAUGACGCGCGCGUAGUGACGUCAGAGACUGAGCGAGAGAGAAAUCGGGCUCCCAGUUCCUCUGCCACUUUGCUCUGCAGAAUCAGUCAAAUGGAGCCAAGACACUCAGCCCAACUUGGUACUAAAAUACACCAGUGCGACCAGUGCCCAUACAGCACGGAUCACACUGGAAGCUUGAGGCAGCACCAUAGAACACACACAGGAGAGAAACCAUUCAAGUGCACUGUGUGUGGGAAGGCGUUUGCACUGUCAUCAGAUCUUCACAGACACCAGAGAACACACACAGGUGAGAAACCCUUCAAGUGCACUCUGUGUGCAAAGGCGUUUGCACGGUCAUCAGAUCUUCAAAGGCACCUGAGAAUACACACAGGAGAGAAACCCUUCAAGUGCAGUGUGUGUGAGAAGGCAUUUGCACGGUCAUCAGAUCUUCCGAUCCACCAGAGAACACACACAGGAGAGAAACCCUUUAAGUGUGCUGUUUGUGGGAAGGCGUUUGCACUGUCAUCAGAUAUUCACAGACACCAGAGAACACACACAGGAGAGAAACCCUUCAAGUGCGCUGUGUGUGGGAAGGCGUUUGCACUGUCAUCAGAUCUUCACAGACACCAGAGAACACACACAGGAGAGAAACCCUUCAAGUGCACUCUGUGUGGAAAGGCGUUUGCACGGUCAUCAGUUCUUCACAACCACCGGAAUAUACACACAGGAAAGAAACCCUUCCAGUGCACUGUGUGUGGGAAGGCGUUUCGACAGUUAGGGAUUCGAAACAGGCAUCAAAAGAUUCACAAGGAUAUUAAUCUGAAAUCGACGUGUGAAAGUCAAAGUGCUGGAAUGAGCUCAUACCUCAUAAAACAAGAAUCAGAAAAACAUUCCAAAUAUGAAACGUGGCCAGGAUUGAAGGUGAAAUGUCAAGAAGCGAGAAUAAAAUAUCAAGAAGUGAAUGCGAAGAGUGAAGAAGUGAAGCUGAAAUGUGAAGAAGUGAUGGUGAAGAGUGAAGAAGUGAAUGUGAAAUGUGAACAUGUCAAUUCAACUCCAAAAUCCGACCACAUCAAUGGAAGCAGUGUGAAGCAGGAGGAGAAUUCUGACUCUGAGGCAGAGCGAGGCCACCAUCAGCAGUUUGUGGAUGUGGAGGUGUGGGUGGAAUUUUCAGGCAAUACAGAAUCAAAUGGAGACCAGAUAGAUGUGUCACCUCGAGCUUGAGACAAAUAAGCUCCAUUUCAUCCACAUUAUUCACAGGUCUUUCUUAUUACAAAUGUGUGGAGUUGAAGAUUUUACUCCAAGGUUUCACUUCCAAGUUGUCGAUGGAGGCAGCAUGAAGCUGGAUAGGUUGGACUCUUGAGGAAGAGUAAAAUGAACCCAAGCAGGUUGUGGAUGUUGAUGAUGUGGACUCUUUGGACAAUGCAGCAUACGAGCAGCCAGCAUGUGUGGACCUGCAGGUUGGGUAGAUCUAUAUACAGGAGCACGAGACAAAAAAACCUCCAUAGCAUUCACCUUUUAUCAUAAUCUUGACAUUUAUAUGGUGCUGACAUAAAUGUAUGCAUAUUUGACUUAUUUCGCACUUUACAUAUCCAACAGUGCAUAUGGGCUAGAGACUGCCAGUAGGGUGGGGAGAUGAUUAAUGAUUAUUAUCUAAUCCCAUUUGGGUUAUUUGUGGCUAAUUUUUCUAAUUUGGCAAAAUUUUGACCCUGAAGCCAAAAAAUGUUAAACAUCCACUGUAAAGCAGAUGGCACAUUUUUGAUUAAUAUUGCUGCAAUAAUCAUGAGGACUGCCUGACAGAUUUGAACUGUGAACCUCUUCAACAAAGAUCAAACGUGCUACCAUUUGGCUUCUCUCAUUCUGAGUGCAUGCAGGUGUAGGCAUCAUGCAGUCAAAAAUCUAUUUGCAGUGAACACUAUGUAAUGUGAUUACAGUAAAUCAAUAUUGUCGCUAUGUCUUUUGAUUACUUGGAGUUAUAAUUUGAUGAACACUUAUUUUCAAAAUGUUAAGAUGUCCAGCAAAAACUCUGUUAUCUCACAUCCAUGGGAAAUGCAUAGUGCUGGUUAAUCAAUAUGCCGGUUAUUUGAGAGUUAUACUUAUGGUUCAUCAAAUUUUCCAAGUACAUGACAUUUUUCAAGAAAUAAACUAACCAUACCUUUUAACUAUGAUAUAAGAAAUACUCUACUCUUUUACCGAGGUACUCACCAGUCAGUUGUAGAGCAUUCCAAGUUGAUUGUCGAGAAGCAGUGGGGCCUUUUAUGGUACAUUAUACAUUAGUACAGUACUGUAUAUACAGUACAUGAA